AUGGCUAUCAAAUUUGCCAUCCGUAUGCACAACCGCUACACCAACCUCAAGGCCAAAGCCAAGAGAGUCCGCAUCAGCAACAACGGCGACCGCAAGCAAUGCCUCUGGUGUCGGAUCCUCAGGCGCAAGAGCCCCCAACUCAUGAAGGACGCAGAAAUAUACGACUGGAUGUCCUCCUGUCAGUCGUAUGACAGCCCCUUCGUCCACAACAACCCGGAGAUGGCAGCGGACCAAGACCCAAAAGGCAUCUUGGUCACCGAACCAAGACUUCAUUGCCGGGAGGGGGCCAUCAGCCGCCGCUCAGUCAGGUUCGACCUACCCUGUCGGCAACCCAGCGUACGCUCGGCCAGACCUCCCUCGUCGCGGUACUCUUCAGACGAGAACUGCGUUGACAACGACGACGACAAUGACUGGUCAUCCGAGGUCUGCUCUGACGACGAUGAGGAGGAUACCUACUACGAUGCCGUAGAUGGUCUCGAAACCCCGACCAGGCACGUUGUCGCCAUGCGCUCGACGUACUCCCCCUUCGCGUCGGACCUCCUCAGUCUCCCGGCCGCGUACUGCCCCUAUCGGGCCCCUUAG